AGCUCCUUGAAUGACCGAGUCCGGCAUGGCUUGUGCAGAUGUUGACAUGGACAUCUGUGAAGAAGAAGAAGAAAUGGAGAGCCUGUGGAUGCCUAACAUGCAAAUAUCAGAUGAUGAAAGACCUUGCAAAGAACACAACCGGAAGUUGACCAUAUUGAGACAAUACCAACCUUCACAUCAUUACCUGGACGAUGAUAGUGGGGCAAUGCACAGCCUACUGCAGACAAAUCUUGCCGUGUUGGGGACCCUCCAGAUUGUGAGCGGGAUCCUGAGUGUUGGAUUGGGAGCCAUUUUUGCUGUAAACCAGGACAUGGCCAAGUCGCUUUUUACACUCUUUAGAGUUGCACUCUUCACUGGAACGCUUUUCACAUUUGCAGGGGUCGUGUCCGCCAUGCUGCACAAACAUCCGGAACUGCUACAUGUGUCCCUUGUCAUCCACAGAGCUUGUAUUGUUGCUGCAUUCGCUGCCGCUGGUUUGAUAAUCACCGACCUGACUGGAUGGGAUGAAGAAAAUGUGCAGUAUUUGAAGAUGGAGGUGCUGGAGCUUUGUAUGUUGGGACUCCAGGUGUCCAUCGCCGUGAUUCUCUGCUUAAGGAUCUCCAAAAAGAAAUGUGCAAAGUUUGUAUGUUAAAUUCAUUCAUUUGGAUCAUACAUUUUUACAUUAUUACUAUUUUAUUCGUCUAUUUUUUUUAGUUUUAUAGGAUCCUGGUGUUUAGUAGAGAUAAAAUGUGGUAUGGGCCGUUCUCUUUGUGAAACUGUCUUUGCGGUUAUCAUGGUGCUCACGGUGUACCUGCUGUACGUGUCUCGACGGGACGUAAUAUGACACACUCGGCUUAUCUUUUCAUACAAAGCUUUUAAUCAUCUGUACAGGACACCACGGUUAUAAUACCACAAUAUGACAGCUAGUCCGUGCUUUGUAUAUGACACCAUAAUUCUCAUAAUAACAAUAAAAAAAACAUCUACAGUAUAAACAGACUCAUAGCUAGAAUUACUUUUGAAAGGAAAUCACAUGAGUACCAUAUCAUGCUAUGAUCAUGUCCAAUUCUUUUUAUUAAUAAAACAACGCGGCCUUUAGUGCUCCAACGUGGUCGGUAAAAGUGGAGAACUUUACAGCUGAAAAGAGAAAGGAAAUGUUUUAGAAAAAAAUGCAUGCUAAUGCUAAUGCUAAUUGUCACUUUGAAGUGCAUGAAUGAAAAAAGAAAAGCCAGGAGCAACACGGUGCAGUAGCAUGCAUGGUGUUCACAACGAACGCAACGAUUCCAAAAUGCGACACAAGAGGAGAGCCACGAAUGCAUCAUCAUCAUCAUCAUCACCACCAUGCAACACGUGUUAGUAAUGAGGCCACGUGUGGUUAACGAGGUUGUUCACAAUGGUGACGCUGAUGGCUACUUACUGAGCUAAAUGUCACACCACUGUGGAGAGGCCUAUGGCUAUAUGAGAGGUCUUGCUCUGGUAAAAAAACAACAACAACAAAAACGGUAAAAAUAAAAAUUAAAUAAAGAUAAAAAGGCAAACAACCUGAGUGGAUAUGCAUGGCAUUGUGCAAUACAACCAUGUGAUCUCUCCCAGCCAAUCAGCAAUAAAGGUAACAAUAAUAUUGGAAAAGUUACAAUUAAAUAACAGAAGAAAAGCUAUGUAGUUUUUGUUGGUAAGCAGUAAAGCGGCUUGUAGAAUAAUCACAUUAAAUAAAUAAGAAGCCAAAAUUAAAUACAUUUUAAAAAUUUAACAUAAAAUAUGAAAUAAUAUAUAAUAUAAAAAAUAAUAAAAUAAAAAAUACAAAAUUAAAUAUAAAGCAAAUGACACAGAACACUAAAAAUAUUAAUUUAAAAUUUUAAAACAUAAAUAAAUAAAUUAUAAAAAUAAAAAAAUAAUAAAUAAAUGAAUAAUAAAAAAAUUAUAAAUUAAAAAAUAUAUUUUUUUAGAUUGUCCAUUAAUGAAAUUAUUAUUUAUUCAUACAUUCAUCUUCUAUGCUGCUUCAAGGUCAAAGGUUAUGCUGGAGCCUAUCCCAGCUGCCAGUCAAUCACAGUUCUGAGGAAUUGAACCAGCAACCAAACAAUCUACCACCUCUUGUCUUAUUUCCUGUUUUUUUAUUUACUUGAUCAUGCGGCAAAAUGCACUGGAAAUGACUUCAAAUUUAUUACUAAUUAAUGAUUUUAUAUUUAUAAUAAAUAUUAUUUAUUUAGUAAAUAAAAAUGGGAAUGUGAAAUAAAUAUAUGUUUUUAAUUUGAUUAAGUAUGGGAGGAUUUUUGGUGGCAAAACUAUAUUUUUUGUCCAUUGAUUCAUGAAUUUUUCACAGUAAUUGUACCGAACAUUUUAAAAAUGAUUAUUUUUUCUUGACCAAUGUGGUUUAUUAAAAAUUAUAUUUAUUGUCCUUUUAUUUCAUUCAACCAUUACUAGCCAGUA